AGACCUAAAGGUGGGACCUCAGGGAAAGGAGCUCUCUGAGAAGGAUGGCAGCCACCACUCCUUCAUCCUGCCAUCUUCUUCUCUUCUUCUCCUUCUUCAUGUCCUUCCUGGUUCGGCAGCCAGCCAUCAGCCAGGACUCACCCAGAUCCAGAGUGACAGAACCCGAGGGUGACCCACUCAUCGUUCCCACCACACUGACCAACCAGACGGUUUCCACCUCCAAGGAGGUAAUUGAGAGUCCUUCUGUGGAAACAGAGCUUUCCACUCCCAGCAGUGGUGGAGACGCCGAUGAUGAAGACAUCCCCCCCAGUGGCGGGACGCGUUGCCAAGGCUACUACGACGUGAUGGGUCAGUGGGACCCGCCGUUCAACUGCAAUGCAGGUGUCUUCCUUUACUGCUGUGGUACCUGCUUCUAUCGCUUCUGCUGUCAGUUCCGUCAGCAGCGACUGGACCAGACCAUCUGCUCCAACUACGACACCCCCAUCUGGGCCAAUACUGGCAAGCCAGUGGCCACCAUCACCGAGGGUCAGGGGGACGCUGACCGGGACCGCACACACCUCAUCGUUUACAUCAUAUGUGGGGUGGUUGCUGUCAUGGUGCUGGUGGGCAUCUUCACCAAACUGGGUCUGGAGAAAACCCGUGCAGGAAGUGGAGGGUUACCUCAAACCGAUCUCAGCUCCAG